GUUAUAAGAAAAAAGGAAUCUCAAAGCUCUCCAUUAAGAAUAUGUCUCCUGUCCGCAUUGGUUACGUACCCGAGCACUUUUCAACUCCUCUUUACAUUGCUAGAGACAAUGGCUUCUUUAAAGACAACAAGGUUGACGUUGAGCUUGUAUGCUGCCCAGGUGGUACUGGUGAAAUGACCCAAAAGCUUAAAGAUAAAGAGCUUGAUAUUGCCAUUGCUUUGACAGAAGGUCUAGUAGCCGGCAUCGCCAAGGGCCAAGAUUGGUACAAGAUUGUCGGUACCUAUGUCGAUGCACCACUUUGUUGGGCAAUCUCCACAGGUGCUGAAUCUAAGCACCGUUCAAUCGAUACCCUCUCCAAGUCAGACGCCGCCAUUUCUCGUAUUGGAUCUGGUUCACACAUUAUGGCCUAUGUACUUGCUGACCAGCAAGGAUGGUUGAACAACAACAACAACAAGACGGCUACAGGCGAACCGUUCGACUUUACUGUACUGAACAACUUCAAGGCCAUGCGCGAUGCGGUCAACGACCUGUCGUCUGAUUUCUUCAUGUGGGAGACCUUUACCACAAAGCCUUACCAUGAUUCCGGAGAGGUCAAGCGUAUUGGCCAGAUCACCCCUCCUUGGCCCGCGUUCCUGUUUGCGGCCCACACCGACUUGCUCGAAUCCAGCAACUCUGAUCAAAUCAAACAGGCAAUUCUGGCCAUCCAAAAGGCCACAGAGUUGUUUAUAGACCAAAAAGAAAACGAGUCAGUUGAGCGUAUCAUGAGUAUCCUAGACUACCCUGAGCAGGAUGUCCGAAGCUGGUUCAAGACUGUCCAUUAUGCUGCCGAUCCUACACUUGUCUCUCGCCAGGCUAUCCAAGUCACUGUGUCGACUUUGAUCAAGGCCGGUGUUAUCGAACGCCCUGGACCUGCUCCAGAAGAUGUGUGUGACUUGAAGGUUGCUCAUCUUGGAGACUAAUAUUAGUAGUAGUGAUGUACAAUGAUGUGAUUUGAUAUGAUGUGUUGUGCAUAUAAAAAGAGAGAGAGACAUUGGUAUAACAAGAAAAAAGACAUAUUAUAUUUGUUGGUGGUAUCAAAUAAAGAAGUUACAAAUGUUUCAAC